AUGACCACAAAAUACAUCUUCAUCUCGCUUCCCGAGGACGCGGGCGAAGGCCUCAAGCCAGCCGUUGGCGACAACGGAACCGUCCUGCCCUUCCAGAUCCCCAACUUCAAAAUCGGCACCCUCGACGCCCUUGUCCAGCAGGCAGAUGACCUGACCAAGCUCGAGGCGGCCUGCGAGGGCCUCGUCUCCCGCGUGUCCGACUCGCUCAAGACGCUGUUGGAUGGAAAUGAGGAUAAGAUCAACCAGCAGAAGACCGUCAAUGACAAGCCGACUGAUAACUACCUGCGGAGCUUCUCCUGGAACAAAGUACGAUACCGAGCCGACAAGCCCAUUGCCGAGCUGGUUGAUAGUUUGCAAAAGGAGAUGGUCACGAUCGAUAACGAUCUGAAGGGCAAGCUCAACCAAUACAACGGAGUCAAGAACAACUUGGCGACUCUUGAAAGAAAGCAGACUGGCAACUUGGCCACCAAGUCGCUCACGCCCAUCGUGGACCCGUCGGUCCUCAUCACGGACUCCGAGUAUCUCGAGACGCACCUCAUCGCCGUGCCUACAAAUGUCAAGAAAGACUUCUUAAAGACCUAUGAAAACAUCUCGCCCAUGGUUGUACCUCGGUCCGCUUAUGAAGUUGCCAAGGACGACGAAUUCACCCUGUUUGCUACCACAACGUUUAAGAAGCACAGCAGCGAGUUCCAGCAAAAGUGCCGCGAGAACAAGUGGACCCCGAGACCCUACAAGUAUGUCGAGGGCGGUAAGGAGGAGGAGAAGCGUGAAUUUGAGCGUGUGCAAAAGGAAGAGAAGAAGGUCUGGGGAGAGGCGCUCCGACUUUCGCGCACUGGCUGGUCGGAGAGCGUCAUGAUCUGGGCUCACCUGAUGGCACUGCGCGUCUUCGUCGAGAGUGUGCUUCGUUACGGUCUUCCGCUAGAGUACACGCCAAACGUGAUCGUGACAACGUCCAAAGCAUCUCAGAAAGUCAAGGACUCGCUGGAUAAGACCUUCUCUCAUCUUGGUGGCAAUGCAUUCGGACGAGACAAGCGCGGCAGAAUUACCAAGGACGAUGCGGCACUUUCUUCGGAGAUGGCAGCGGCAGGAUUUGGCGAGAACGAGUACACGGCAUAUGUGUAUUAUGAGAUUGAGCUAUAG